UAAAGGCACAGCUGCUGCUUUCGCUCGCGGUCGCGGUUAGCUCCCAGCUGCGGACCCCGGCUUUGGGGCAGCCCGCGGCUCAGCUGAAUGAUCCGCGGCAGAGGGGAGAGGAAACAUCUCCGCCCCGGCCUCCAGCGCUCCGAGCGCAGCAGAACCGGCGGCCCGAACCAUGAGUGCCCAGCAUUUCUGGGACCAGCUGCGGGCGGGCAGCUCGGAGGUGGACUGGUGCGAGGAUAACUACACCAUCGUGCCGGCCAUCGCCGAGUUCUACAACACGAUCAGCAAUGUCUUAUUUUUUAUUUUGCCGCCCAUCUGCAUGUGCUUAUUCCGUCAAUAUGCCGCAUGCUUCAACAGUGGCAUAUAUUUAAUAUGGACACUUCUUGUUGUUGUUGGAAUUGGAUCAGUUUACUUCCAUGCCACACUGAGUUUCCUGGGUCAGAUGCUUGAUGAACUUGCUAUUCUCUGGGUAUUGAUGUGUGCACUGGCCAUGUGGUUCCCCAGAAGGUACUUACCAAAGGUCUUUAGGAAUGACAGGGGCAGGUUCAAAGCUGUAGUCUGUGUCCUAUCUGGAGUCACCACAUGUCUUGCAUUUGUGAAGCCGGCCAUCAACAACAUCUCUCUGAUGACCUUGGGCAUUCCCUGCACAGCACUGCUCAUCGCAGAACUGAAGAGGUGUGACAAUGUACGGGUAUAUAAACUUGGCCUCUUCUCAGGUCUUUGGUGGACUCUAGCUCUCUUCUGUUGGAUCAGUGACAGGGCCUUCUGUGAACUGUGGUCUUCCUUCAACUUCCCCUAUCUGCAUUGUGUGUGGCACAUCCUCAUUUGUCUGGCUGCCUAUCUGGGUUGUGUCUGCUUUGCAUACUUUGAUGCUGCCUCGGAAAUCCCGGAGCAAGGCCCUGUCAUCAAAUUUUGGCCCAGUGAAAAAUGGGCCUUCAUAGGAGUCCCCUAUGUUUCCCUCCUGUGUGCCAACAAGAAAUCUCCAGUCAAGAUCACAUGAUGUCAAGUUCAGCAGCUCUGGAUUUUUCCUAUUUAUUUUUCCUCACUUACUGUGCUUAGUUAAUUAUCACAACAGCCAGGGACACUUGAAUCUGUCUCUUUUUAUUUUUUGGUGUUUUUUUUUCCACUCCUGCAACUUACAAGGGUUCAGUUGUGUACAGUAAGAAAUGCAUUUUCUUUACUUUAAGAAAUGUAUUUUUUUUUUCCUUUCCCUCGGAGAGGAAGAAGAUUGGGUUUUGGUGUGGGGUGUGGGGUUUUUUUUUGAGACUGAAAAUGCUUACAAGUAGAAUUUAGGUUGACCCUGCGCUUAGCUUCUUCAGACUUUAUUUUUAGAUGCCCCCUAUCCUUACUACUGGCUCCUGAAUCUUAAAACACUGUGAUAGCGGCAUGUCUCAGUUAGACCAAAGCAACAGACUGGCACCUCCUGGGGAAGAAUGUUUUUUUAAAUUUAGACCUUCCUUUCUUCUCUUUCCCACCCAUGUAUUAUCUUUCCAGAAACUCCCGUGGAAGGAAUUAACAAACAAAUGUACCAUUUGAGUAAACCUCCAUCUUUGUCCCAGAGAUUUUCAUUGGAGGAAACCUGGGCAUGAAGAAUCAUAUGAAGGGCUUGUGGGAGAAUAAUUUUUAAUCACCAAUCUCACAAAACCUAGCUUUUAAGUAAGUUAGAAAUUAUUUUUAUUAUUUGUUCCAAGAGUCCUAGAUUCAUCUUCUAUAUUUGGGCAAAAUUAAUGGGAAAAAAUUACCAUCAUCAAACCAUCAUUUUAAAUGAGCACAACUUGGGGCAGCUAGGUGGUGCAAUGGAUAAAGCAUAGGCCCUGGAUUCAGGAGUACCUGAGUUCAAAUUCGGCUUCAGAUACUUGUUAGCUGUGUGACCCUGGGCAAGUCACUUAACCCUCCUUGCCCCACAAAAAAAAAAAGAGUAUAGCUUUUUUCAUACCUUUUUUUUUCUUUUGACCCCUUUCUCCAGCUCAUAAUACACAGAUAAGAAAAGCUGUGGAAUCAUAGAACAGUAGAAAAGCAAAGGGAAUAGAAUUCUAGAAUAAGAGUUUGACAGCAUCUUAGUUGGAUGGUUGUAGUAGAAAGGAUCCCAAAGGUGGGGUCAAAGGAUCUGAGUUUGAAUCCUGAUUCUCUUACUUUUAUUAGCUAAGCCACCAACCUCUCUGGCUCUUAGCUUCCUCCUCAAUAAAGCUAGGAGGGUAGUUUUAGAUAAGAUCCAUUCUGACUUGAAAUCUUAGGAGCCUAUGAGAUCACUUAGUCCAAUCCCUUCCUCUUACAGAUAAGAGAUGAUAGAUAUAUACCAUACAAUGUAGUACAAUAGCCUUACUCUCUGCCAGGCUGUCAAAAACCCAGCUAUAACUUGGUAGCAGUUUUAUCUCUCU